CUCUCCACGAAAUUUCAACACCAACUUGUUAUUCCGUCGUUAUUAUAUUAUAUAUUUGAUUCCGGCUGACACUCAUUCCCGAUCAAGGCAGUCACGCCAACCGUCGCCAUGGCGCUCAACUGGGAGAAGCUCAACAAGCUGCGGCGUGACUACCCAAAACCAAAAUUCGCUUUGGCUGAAAUCGGCAGACAACUCAAAAAGCGGCAUAAUGACCCCUACCUCCUGUCGUGGAAAGCAGAUAUCUGGCUUCAGAUGGGGAUCGCAGCACCCCAGGUUCUCGAGGAUAUCUUGAUACCGUUGUGUACACGACAGCCACCAACAACGGAUCCCAGCUUACUUAGCUAUAUCUACUUCGUUAUCUUAGAGGCAACAAGGAUUGCGAAUAUUCCUAAUUCGUCAAAUCUGUCUUCUGCGGGUGACGCAGCCCUCAAGGCUUGGCAUAGCGCAGCUAAGUCUCUCCAUAGUCGGAAAGCUAGGCUGGACUUAUGGUCCAAGUUGUUUGUGACGGCUAUGGAAGAGGACUGUUGGGAAGACGUGAGAUGGAGUGUCACCCAAGCUUUACAAGAAAACCCCCAGUAUAAGAAGAGAGCUGCCUUUGCACUUAUUCUUGCCAAUCAACUAGCAUAUGAGAAAAAGUGUGCCUCAUCUGAAGCGAUCUCGCCCGCCGUUGAAAUCCAGAAACGGGUUGCACAUCAAAAGAUGCUGCAGGCAUUCCAAAACACAACGAAAUCUCCGAACGAUCCGGUUCGGAUACAAGACAGUAGGGAUGUGCGAUUUAUGGCACAAAUCUUUGAACGGCAGAAGCUUGGUCUCGAAUUAACCCAGCUUUGGAGUGACGCACCAGAUGCUAUACGAAACAUCAUGGACGCAAAUUUCAUCGAGACCCAGCGCUUAAUGUUUCGAUCUUUGAAGGCAGAAGGGCAAUGGCGGAUACUCUACGCUAGAAUGUUCGGGGCUGUUAAAGCGGCCAUAGAUGGUAACGCCAAAAGCGAGCUCCGAACUCUUGCGAGGAACUGGGAACUCUGGGGCAGCAUGAUUGAAGCCUUGUCCAGACUGUUCCCAGAGGCGAAGGCAAAGGCGAUAGCAAAUGAUGAAUUGCGAUCGAGGAUUGAAGGGAUGGGAUUCAAUGGCCGAGAUGAGGACCUCACGAAAAUGGCUGUUGUUAGCUACGCCGACCGCAGGGAGUUGCUCGCCCUGUGCGAGGAUUUCUGGGUCCACUUCCAUCACACGAACGCAUGUUUCCGUGAUCUUCAUCCUUUUGUUGCACGCCUAAGUCGACAAGAACAAGAGAAAUUCCUGUGGACCAUCACCCCGUCCCCAAAGGGAUACAUAUCAUAUCCAGAGAACGUGUCUACUGCGUCGUUGAGAACUUGGCUCGAUACGGAAAUAAAUGUCGCGCGAUUUGAUUACAUGUUGAACAUCUCACGAGCGAGAAUGGAUGAGACGCAUAAUUCGACGAAUCUUCCAGAGCUUUUCGUGUGCAAUGCAAUCCGGCUUUACAAAAUUGCCGCUCAAGUGCAAGAAGACCCAUCCUUCAGAUUUAGGCCUGGUUGGCUAGCUAUAAUGGCUAUGCUGAAAUUGCAAGAGCUUUAUAAUGCGUAUCCAGAAUUCCGAAGGGAGAAGGGACCAUUGAGCGAAAAGGGGGAUAGAGUACAAGCGCUAGUCCAAGCCGGUUUUCUCGCCCUCCACAUGACUGCUGACGAAGCUGGGAAACAAGAUCGUGGUUUGAUCCUGCUCUCCACUCGACUACACACGGUCCUUGGCCUGGGCACCAUCGCGUUUGACCAGUACCGCCAUGCCCAGAUCAAAGAAAUCCUCAACGAUACUCUGUCAUACUUUCUCCUAUCUCGGAUAUCACAAAGCCAUCCUUUCGACUCCGUUGGAGAGACCCCUGCGUAUCCCGAUGCCGAGCUGGCCAAAGUUAUUUCCACAAUCCAGAGAAUGGAGAACAGAGUGGGAGACUUUAUUUACUCCGAUUUAGAAAACUUCCAGUAUGACCAAACAUUCGAGCUCCUCCAAUUCAAACAGAAACUCCGGUCGAGCGUGACGAAGCACCUCUGCUUGAUUGAACGACGAAGGAUUGCGCGACUAAAGGGUGAAAUUGUAGAUUCGUCGCUUGACUUCGACUUGGGCAAUUUCCGCAAUAUCUCGGACAACCGCGACUUCAGCGUUCUUCAGAAUUACGAGUUUGAAUCGGAGCAACUCAACUGGCAGACAUGGCUCCACAACUACCCAAAUAUCGAAUGGAUCGUCGACUUUCUUCAGACACAGGAGAGAGCAUGCAUGCUGGCAUUCCAAGAGCUUCGGUCCGAGCGUUUUCACGAGCAAUUCCGCGAGGAAGUGACGGAAUGGAAGAAGUCUAAUUUGGUGGACAACUUCGCUCAAGUCGAAAGCUGGUUUUUAGCCGACUGGUCCAAUGUCCUGGCCCUCGGAGACUGCCUCCGCGAUACAAAGCGCAUCACAGAAUCCCCAAAGCAUAUGGCAGAUGUGGAGGCAAGGUUCGACAACAUCCUUCAUUCUUUAAAUUGUGCAGAGCUGCAAUUCCAGCACGAAAUGACAAUCUCCAAAACAGCCCCAUCUAAUAACACCCCUGGAACUCACGUCCUAGAAAACCUAAUGCCAACAGAAGGCUAUCUCCAGUACUUCUUCGGCCAACUCGAACUCCUCCUCGUGUACGCCAAGCUCAUCGACCAGGUCCGCAACUUCCACAAACUCUCCAAAUUUCCCCCCUCUCGAGUGAAAAAGGAGAAGGUUUGGGUCGACAAAGUUGCUACAGCGAUUCAAAACUGCUAUACUGCGGUCCGAAACGCGGCGCAGAGCUAUAUCGAUGCGCUGAGGGAGAGGGGGUUGGAGAGUGUGUUGAAGCAUGCAAAGGCUGGGGUAGUGGGAGAGGCGUUGGUGGGGUUGAUGGGGGAGGAGGAGAUGAGGGGGUUUGCGAGGGAGUACGUGGAGUCGGCGGUGGAUGCACUGGAGGGCGUUUUGAAGGUUAGAAUUAAGUAGAGAGGAAUGCUAGUUUUGGGUGGUUGUAGGUACUGAAGUGGCAAUGGGCGCGGGGGUUAGCGUGGAUUAUUGAGCGAGCGGUUCUUAAGUCCUUAUCCAAGCCCUUAUCCCGUAUGGAUGAAUAGUCGCGCUGGAUACAACUGGGUAGAUAAUACAGUCCAGAGACACACCUCCAGUUCCGUCAUCUCCACACUUCCUCGGUGAUAAUUA